GAGAGAUUUUAUUAUACAUCCAUGAGAGAGAUACAUGAUGACAACAACAACAAAAACUAUAACACAAGCCUUAAAAAUUCACUUUGGGUUUGACAACUUUCGAUCUAAAAUACAGGAGGAUGUUGUCAAAGCCGUCGUCAAAGGUGAUAAGGAUGUGUUUGUGUGCAUGCCCACGGGAGCAGGGAAGUCGCUCUGCUACCAGCUACCCGCGGUCCUGGCUCCGGGUAUCUCUCUGGUUAUAUCCCCGCUAAUCGCUCUCAUUCAGGACCAAGUGGACCACCUGAAGAGUCUGAACAUUCCCGUCUGCUCCAUCAACUCCAAGCUCCCAGCAGGCGAGCGCCGGCUGAUCUUUGCUGAUUUAGGGAGCAGCAGUCCUAAGCUCAAGCUGCUUUACGUCACUCCGGAGAUGGUCGCCUCUCCUUCGUUCAAGCCCUGCCUGACGGACCUGUGCACCCGUGGCCUGCUGUCUUACCUGGUUGUGGACGAGGCUCACUGCGUCUCCCAGUGGGGACACGACUUCAGGCCGGACUACCUCAAACUGGGGAAACUACGUGCUCGAAUGCCGGGGGUUCCCUGUUUGGCCCUGACAGCUACAGCACCCAAGAAUGUGCAAGAGGACAUUGUUUUGUCCCUGACUCUGCGCACGCCGCUGUCUUUCGUUACACCUGUCUUCCGCAGUAACUUGCACUAUGAUGUGAUCUUCAGGGAGCUGCUGCCAAACCCCUUCGUCCACCUCCACGCCUUCAUUCAGCAAUCUCUGGCCCUGGACAGUGGCUCUAAAGGACAGGGCUGUGGGAUUGUGUACUGUCGGACCAGGGAUAGCUGUGAAUCGGUGGCUCACCAGCUGACCAAGCUCGGAGUCUCGGCCAAACCUUAUCAUGCAGGUCUGAAGACAGGAGAUCGCACAGAGUCCCAGAAUGAGUGGAUGCAAGGGAAGGUGCUGGUUAUCGUAGCCACCAUCAGCUUUGGUAUGGGCGUGGACAAGGCCAAUGUCAGGUUUGUGGUUCACUGGAACUUUGCAAAGUCCCUGGCCAGCUACUACCAAGAGUCAGGAAGAGCCGGGAGAGACGGCCUGCCCUCCUCCUGUCGCAUAUACUACUCCGCCAAAGAUAAGGAGCAACUGAACUUCCUCAUCCGCAAAGAGAUUUCCCGCAAACAGGGGAAACGUGGCUCUGCGAAGGAGACUGACAAAGCAACCAUCACAGACUUUGAUGCCAUGGUGGCGUACUGUGUUCAGGAAGCUUGUCGCCAUACCACCAUCUCCAAGUUCUUUGGGAACAAGGCGCCCAACUGUGCCGGUGCCUGCGACUUCUGCCGUAAUCCCAAGCUGGUGCGAGCCCAGCUGGAGAAAGGGAGCUCCCUCAGCACCAACACCAAGGCCCAGAGCAGCCAGCCCUCAGGACCCUUCGGCUUCCUGCAGGGCUUCUACGAAGGAGGGAAGAAGGGCUACGGCUUUGAAAGGUUUGAUGAAGGGGAAGAGGACGCGGAGGGUGGUGAAGACGAUGGCUCAGCGAGGAAAAAGGAAUUUGGUAACCUCUACAAGAAGCAGAUGACCAUGCGGAAGGGAAUGACCGUUCGGCAGGAAGGCUUUGUCCCUCCAGAUGAUGACUGCCAACUGAGAGACGCCAGCAGUCAGAAGAUCCCCAGACUCACUGUAAAGGCCAGAGAGCACUGCUUGAGCCUAUUACAGGAAGCAGUAUAUGGCCACCAGAGGGCAGAUGACAUGUUCAACGAUACUGUGUCUGUAGCGGUCAACAUAGAACAUGAGGUCUUUAAGAAGAGUAGGUCUUCCAACCUCUAUAAAGCUGCCAUCCUGAAGAGGGUAUCAGAGUUCAAGAGGACAGGACCUGGAGGAAAAAGUGAUGACGGCAAGGCGGACAGCAGUGAUUCUACGGACAAUUUGUCGUCUUCUUCCUUUACAGAGAAGCUGCCGGGGUUCACCUCUGCAUCUGAACUACACUCAAUGAAGCGUAAGAGAAUUAGGUGCGGGCAACAUCCUCCAGCUUUGCCAAAGAAAGACCGCACCGGAGAAGAGCCAGGAGGAGGAGUGAGAGGAGGGGUGGUACCUGAUUUACUACUAAUAUCUCUAUAACACGGUUUGACGACGAUUAUGAAAUCAAUCCAACACUUUUAUUGUGAAGAGAUGAGAUCCUCUUUCUGAAGAGG